GAUUGCACCAGGGACCAGCUAGUGUUGGAAAAACUAAUCGGGGAAUACCAUCAGACACCAUGACAGGCAAAGAAGGGACGGUUUUUUCUGAAUCUUUGAAUAAACAGAGAAUGGCCUCACCCGCAAAUCAUGGGGGACCACAGCCUUUAAAGAUCGGGUCUACGACGCACAGGUGCACAGGUUUCGGGAUACAAGAGAUACUUGGAUUGAACAAGGAACCGUCUGCCCCCCCGCGCCGUCCGUUGGAAUCUCUACCGCCCAGGGCGCACCUGCUGGCAUCUAGGUCGGCUCUUGGUCCAGGGGGCGUCGGGGUUGGUAUGGGAAUAAUUGGACCAGGCGGUAUACAUUCGUUUUACAGCCAGCCUGCGUUUCUGGAAGUGUUAUCGGAGGCGCAAAACGUUCACCUGCAGCCGCUCAACAGGGCUAUGGGACAACUGGAUGCCCAUCACUCCGCCAGCUCCGACUCAGACGAAGUAUCUUCCAGUGAAAAGAAUUUUUCUAAAUCAUCAAUGUGCCAGAGCAAGAAAAGAAAGAAAAGACGCCACAGGACCAUUUUCACAUCUUAUCAGCUGGAGGAGUUGGAGAAAGCUUUCAACGAAGCCCACUACCCAGAUGUCUAUGCAAGAGAGAUGUUGUCGAUGAAGACAGAGCUACCUGAGGACAGGAUACAGGUUUGGUUCCAGAACAGACGAGCCAAGUGGAGAAAGAGAGAGAAGUGCUGGGGUCGUAGUAGUGUCAUGGCCGAGUACGGACUGUACGGUGCUAUGGUUCGCCACUCCAUCCCCCUCCCAGAGUCCAUCCUAAAGUCAGCCAAGGACGGCAUCAUGGACUCCUGCGCCCCCUGGCUGCUAGGUAUGCACAAGAAGUCCAUGGACACGACCGUCCCCACGUCUCCAGGGAAACCAGACACACCUCAACCCCCUGCCAGAGAGAGAGUGGUGGAGCGAGAGAUGGAAGAAGAGGAGGAGAGAAGGAAGGAUUCCAGGUCACCCAUAUCCAAAGAGGAACUGAGGGAGAAUAGCAUAGCCGCACUCAGGGCAAAGGCCCAGGAGCACAGUGCUAAAAUGCUGGGGAAAGUUUCUGGGGACGGACCCUUGAUGGAGACAGAGGAAAAGGACAAACAGACAGGACAGAAGAAGACAGCUGAGGCAAAGAAGAAGUAAAAAGACAUUAUACAAAUUGCUGCUUUUAAUAGACUGUAAGGCCUAGUUUUGUUGCAGUGCCUUUCAUGUAUAAUAAACUGAUCUCUCAUUGACAUUGUAAGACACUCCACAAUCUGGGUUUAGCUUUGAUCCCAGAAUGCUCUACUGUGGUCAUGUUAUUUACAAAUGCUAAUUAUAUAGGGAACAUUUAAAAUGCAAAUGUAUGUAAUGACUGGUUUAACAAGUGGCAGCUACUUGCUUUUUGCAACAAAAUAUUUUAUAUUAUAAAUCAACUGCCCUAAAAUUAGCAGACCAUCUUACAGACUAUACAUGGAGUCAAAACAAGAAUUUGUGCAACAAGAAAAUCCAUCAAGCCUUUGUGAGUGGUUUUCAUUUGACCUCAGAUGUAUAUAUUGUAAGUACUGAAAAUGAAAUAUAGCUAAGUUCAUAUACACAGUUCACUAACUGAUACAAUGUGUUUUGUCCUUGUUUCUGUAAAAUAAUAGUAAAAUUAGUGGCUGUUAUUCUGAUUUUCCAUCUUAUUAUAGAUUCUUUUUUGUGUGUUUUUAAGCUUGAUGUGCCCACACAUCCACUCACACACAUGUUUACACAACAUCCACAUCAAAUAAUAAA